AGGUGAGGUGAUAUUUCCUAAAAACUGCAAAGGAAGAUCCGUGGCUGUCGUUUAUCUACAUUGCACGGAAAGCAUUGCCGUGUAAACUGCGCUGUGCUCCUCUCCUUCGAUGGCUCUUCACACCACUACCCUCUACUACUAUUUCCUUCCCCUAAACCUUUCGUAGUUCUCUUUGAUCUUCUCUUUCAUCGCUUCCUCGCCUCUCUCUCACCCGAUUCCACCACUCCUAAUUCCCAGGCCCAUCUGAUCUAUUUGCAUCUGAGCUCAUCAUCAGUUCUCAAAAGUGAUUCGUGGAUUGCGUGAAAUCCCGAGCUUCGUUGUCGGAAAACUGGCUUCGAGAAUUAUGUGAAAGCUCAGGAAUGGUUCGUGCCUCGAAUGCUCUACGGAUUUGUAAUCUGAGAAUGUUUUCUUGGUGGGAAAAAGUUAAAAGUUAUAAUUUUUAGUAUAAAGUAAGGGAAAAAAAGUCGAAGAGAAAGCGAGACCGCAAACAAGGCAACCGCAAAAGAUCAGAAAUUCGAAACCCCCGCCGAAGUUUAAUCCGCAAGGCAAUGGCGACUCUGGUUGAGCCUCCGAAUGGAGUUAGGCAACGAGGGAAGCAUUACUACUCAAUGUGGCAAACGUUGUUUGAGAUCGACACCAAGUACGUGCCGAUCAAACCCAUAGGUAGAGGGGCAUAUGGGGUAGUGUGCUCCUCCAUCAACAGGGAAACCAACGAGAAAGUUGCCAUCAAGAAGAUCAACAAUGUCUUUGAGAACCGCAUUGAUGCGCUGAGAACGCUGAGGGAGUUGAAGCUUCUUAGACAUAUUCGACACGAGAAUGUCAUUGCUUUGAAGGAUGUUAUGAUGCCUAUUCACCGGACGAGUUUCAAGGACGUGUAUUUGGUUUACGAACUUAUGGAUACUGAUCUUCAUCAGAUUAUUAAGUCCUCACAGCCGCUUUCUGGUGAUCAUUGCAAAUAUUUCUUGUUUCAGUUGCUUCGAGGGCUCAAAUAUCUUCACUCAGCAAACAUCCUUCAUCGGGACUUGAAGCCUGGGAACCUCCUUGUGAAUGCUAAUUGUGACUUAAAGAUAUGUGAUUUUGGGCUGGCACGAACUAGUGGGGGCAAUGGUCAGUUCAUGACAGAGUAUGUUGUCACUCGCUGGUACCGUGCACCAGAGCUCCUCUUGUGCUGUGACAAUUAUGGAACCUCCAUUGAUGUGUGGUCUGUGGGAUGCAUUUUUGCUGAAAUUCUUGGUCGGAAACCAAUCUUUCCUGGAACAGAGUGCCUCAACCAGCUGAAAUUGAUUAUCAAUGUUCUUGGCAGCCAAAACCAAGCUGAUAUUGAAUUCAUUGACAAUCCCAAGGCCCGGAAGUUCAUCAAAUCACUGCCCUUUUCAAGGGGAAUGCAAUUUUCCCGUUUAUACCCCCAAGCUGAUCCUUUGGCUAUAGACUUGUUACAAAGGAUGCUUGUGUUUGAUCCAACUAAGAGAAUUACUGUCACUGAGGCACUCCAACACCCUUACAUGUCAGGGCUGUAUGAUCCAAGAAACAAUCCUCCUGCCCAGGUCCCAAUUAAUCUCGACAUAGAUGAAACUUUGGGGGAACAAAUGAUUAGGGAGAUGAUGUUGAAUGAGAUGCUGCUUUACCAUCCUGAAGCAGCAUCUGCCAUUGCAUAGGUACUUUAGUAAAAAGUACCCUUGACCGGCCUGUCGUUUUCUGUUGGUCCUUGAGGAAACGUGGCUCUGAGAAGUGUGCUCCUAAACUUCAUGAUUGCACCAAGAUUUUGUUUUUAAGGUAUUUACUUAUAAGUUUGAGUUCUUUGUAGUAUGAGACAUGCAUCUUGUAACUUGUAAAUAGUUAAUGCUUGUUAUUUGUAGUCUAGAAUAUCUGCACUUUUGUAAUUCUUGAUGCAUGUAUGACACUACCAUUAAAACAUUUUUAAAAAUAAAGAUGCAUCAAUAAUUAUAAGCUUUAUCAAGCCAUGUUAUA